UAAAGUAAGUCUAUGAAUCUGUAGAAUUCUCUCUACAGAUGAUGAAUCCAAUUCCAUAAAUUCUCUCUCUCUCUAGACAUGUAAUUCCUUGAAUUGCUUCACUCUCCAUUGCUACCAAUAUCCAUUCAUCAAUGUCUCUUUCUGCUAAACUUCAACCUCAUUUCAAUUCCACACCCCUCUCUCAUCAGUUUCUGUUACAACGCUUCAAUUGCUUUUCAAAGAGGAAAUGUAGUACCCUUUUCAUGCACAAUCACUUGUGUAACAAUACCAAUUUGUUCCUCACUCUUCGUACAAAACCUUGCUCAAGUAACACCAAUGACAAUGCAUAUGAGCUAUCAGAUUCCACCAGCCAUGAAGGUUCAGCAGAAAGCGAAGAGAGUAAGAAAGGAGACUCACUAUCAAUCAACGAGAUCAUGAAGAAACUGAAGAGAUAUGGAGUUUCUGGAAUCCUAUCCUAUGGACUUUUGAAUACCGCAUACUAUCUCACAACAUUUCUUUUUGUGUGGUUUUAUAUUGCUCCAGCACCUGGAAAGAUGGGUUAUCUUGCAGCUGUAGAAAGAUUUCUCAAAUUGAUGGCGAUGGUUUGGGCUGGUAGUCAAGUCACUAAGCUUCUAAGAGCCGCUGGAGCAUUGGCACUAGCACCUAUUGUUGACAGAGGGUUGUCCUGGUUUACCAAUAAGUUUAAGUUUCAAUCACAAGGGAAGGCUUUCAUGGCAAUAGUUGGAUUCUGUUUUGGAUUGGCCCUCAUUGUAUUUUUGGUCAUCACACUACUUUGGGCAUGAAUACCAUUUUUCUACAUACUUGAGAGGAUAUUCAAAUUCCAUCAUCAAUGCAAUUGUAUAAAUCUUUAUUAUCCCCUAAUUUCUGCUCUAAAAUAUGUUCUUGAACUUUGUGUUUAGAGUUUGUUACUUAUGACCGCCUUUGCAAAAUUGUAGUUCAUUUGUGCAUGUAUAUAAGCUCCUGCCAUCAUCUUCACAAAUGACUUUAUGAUCAAAGUAGUGGUUGGGAAAUCUUGACCUCCUGAGUUAGAUUUUUUAUUUGAAUUUGGCAUAAAUUCAAAUUCUAUGACCAUUGUGUGAUUCUAUUUUAUAGUACAACAUGAACUGUGAAAAGUGUGAUUGAAUAUUUUA